UAAUAUUUUAAUAAAAAAAAGUUAUUUUAAUAAAAAUUAUACUUUUAUGAAUGCUUAAAUUAUAUUAAGAAAAGAAAAAAAAUAAUAAUUAAGAAUAGUUGAAAAAAAUUUAUUUGAACUUAGACUCAAUGGCCCAAGGGAAAAAAAAUGUGAGAAUUAGAUCUGAUUUCUUAAUCGGCCCAAAUGGUCCAAGAGAUAUCUGAUGUGGGCUGGAUCCAAAAAAAUGACCCAAUAUAGAUGUGUUAUUAAUAUUAUUUGAUUGUCCUUAAUGAAACAUGUAAUGGUUAUAAAGAAAAUGGUAGACUAAGGUAAAAGAAUAAUAAGAUCAUGCUUUAAUAGUAUAGAUUGUAAGUUCUAUGUUGAAAUGACUACGUUAAAUUGAGGUGUGAUAAUUACUGUCCGAGAUGUGGAGAAGUAGAGGAAACAGUAAUCCAUGUCAUUUUUGAAUGUCCACCAGCUCUCCAAGUUUGGUCAUUAUCGUCCACUCCGACAAGCCCAUAUAUAUUUCCCGUAUCAAGUGUCUACACGAAUAUGGACUUUCUGUUUUGGAGGAAGAAUAGCAUUAUUGAGCCAGAACUCGACAGAGAUCCUUAUCCCUGGAUAAUAUGGUAUAUUUGGAAGGCUAGGAAUGAAAAACUUUUUAGGGGUAUAGAUAGAGAUCCUUUGGAACUAGUUCGACAUGCAGAAAGUGAAUGCAAAGCCUGGUUUGAUGCUAACGAACUGGUGCAACCAGUGGUACAAGAUAAUAACCCGGUGGCAACCCAAGUCAUAAGCUUGGGUAAUAUCUGCUUAUUAGAUGGAUCUUGGACAUCUUCUGCUCAAUUCAAUGGAUGCGGAUGGGUAUGGAUGGACAGUAAUGAGAACAUUCAACUUAUGGGAACAAGGAAUGUCACUCGACGCGAAUCAGCCUUGCAUUCGGAAGUAGAAGCACUGCAAUGGGCGAUGGAGAAUAUGCUUCAACACUCAACAUGUCAGAGCUUUGGAACGGAUUGUAAGGAGCUGAUUGCAAUGAUAAAGGACCCUCAGGCGUGGUCAAGUUUUGCGACGGAGUUGGAGAGGAUAGAGACGUUACAGAUAUGCUUCCCGGACUUCAGCAUCAUUCAUGUUCCACGAACGCGAAACCAGAUUUCAGACAUUUUAGGUAAGACUGCAAGAUCUUUCCAUAGGGAGUUGAGUAAUAGAAUUGCCUUUCAAUGUCAAAAAAAAAAAAAGACUACGUUAAAUACUUUCAAGUUUCAUUAAUAGAAUGCUUUCGAAAUUUACAUUAAUAAAGAACUUAAACAUAACAUAUUCAACAGAUACAAUUAUAUAAAUUGUUUGUAGAGUGGGUUAAUACAGUGAAACUGGAUUACAACUAAAGUACUUGCUACGUAGACCAAUUAUUAGUGAUGAUGAUUCGCAUAGUCGAGAAUGAGCAUACGUAAUAGGUAAUGUAUUAUUUUAUUGAAACAAUUAUUCUACUUUUAUGUAUAAUCACUUUUUAAUAAGUAAAUGGAUGUCAAUGAGCAACGUGGUGAUUAGAUGUGAACGUAAGGGAGCAAUGAGCAUGGGAUAAAGAUGAAGGGAGCGGCGCAUAAAUCUGAAAAUCUAUAAAUCACUUAACAAGACUUCAUACUCAGGAUCGAACACAUGAUUCUUAUGUGUGUGUGGCUCGUGACUUUGCCUCUCUUUUCUUAUGUCCCUCCAAUUCUCCUCCUAAAGAAGACAACCAAAAUGAUAAAAUGAUAAAAUGAAAAAAUUAUUAAACCCAAAAGCUCUAAAGUGUCUCAAGAAAAGAAUCAUUUAAACACCUUUUCAUUUGUCUCACUAGAUAUCGCUCUAGCUCUUUCACAUAUUAGAGCUAAGCAAGCAUAUAACCUAAUUAAAACCAAUUUUUUUAAAGAAAAUCACGAGAAAAAUAAUAAAGAAAAUUAAAGAUAAAGAGGUCAAUAUCAAUCAAAACUUCUUUUGAUUAAUGUAAAUCAAUUAUUUAAUAAACCUUAACUAUUACGCGACUUAAAUCACUGCGACAUAACAAAACCAUAUUAAUUUUUUUUCAACCAAAACCAAAUUAAUUUUAACGAUUCAGUAAGUACAUCAUGCUUUCACUAUUAAACAAAACUAUAUCAAUCACAACAAAAUUAAAUAACAAAAAACAUAAUUAAUCAACAUUAAUUUUCAUAUAAUUAUUUUUAUUAAUUUUUGUCAAAGUGAAUGCAACCAAUCAAAUUUUGUUGACACUUGUGUCUUGUUUUCAUUUUUUAUAAUCUGAGCAGUUUAUUAUUUCAUACCAAACACAAAAGAAUUAAAAUUCUAUUAAAUUUACGUAUUAAAAUUCAUCUUUAUCAAGAUAUGAAACAAAUAAAAUUUUAUUAAAAUUACGCCAAACUUUGACUGAACUGCAAAAAAACAAACUUAAGUUCCAAAUGGUAAGAGAUUUCUUUGAAAAUGUGAAUGCAAAUCGAGCCGAAAUUGCAGAAUAUACAGAGUCGUCUCUAAAUCUAAUGAUGCACAAACUUUAUCGUUAUAUCUCUUAAUGGAAGGGACAUGUGUGAAGCCUUCUCAUCAAAAGUGGAUCAUACGAUUGGCAUUACGACUGUCUUGAAAUGUAGGGGACAUCUACAGCUACAACUAGCGAUCCUUCUUGUUAUAGUUUUAGCCUUUGGUAGUAAAUACGAAGUUGAGAUGAAAUGGUUAAAACUUAUUAUAAAAAAAAAAAGAACUAGUUUCCGACAAAAUAAGAAAAUUUUAUUCGUUCUGAAAAAAUAACAGAUGAGGAGAAAGCAACGGUCACAUGCGCGGGUGAAAAAAAAAGCAAUUCUCUUAGAAGUGAAGAGAACCGUGACAAUAUUUAAACACUCAUUCUUCUCUAAGUUCCCCCAUUAUCAUCAUCACAUCCCUCUCUUCUUCACUACAACACACAAAAAUGGAGAAACCAUCCUCAAUGAAACAAUGGAAGAAAGGUCCAGCUCGUGGCAAAGGCGGUCCACAAAACGCUCUUUGCCGUUACCGUGGAGUCAGGCAAAGAACAUGGGGCAAAUGGGUGGCUGAGAUCAGAGAGCCCAAGAAGAGAGCAAGACUCUGGCUCGGCUCUUUCGCUACAGCUGAAGAAGCAGCCAUGGCCUAUGACGAAGCCGCGCUGAAACUAUAUGGUCCUGAAGCUUAUCUCAACUUACCUCAUCUUCAGCAGCGGAAACAACAAGGACCUCCUCUGAACAACACUCAGAGGUUUAAAUGGGUUCCUUCAAAGAAGUUCAUCUCUAUGUUUCCUUCUCGCGGUUUGCUGAAUGUGAAUGCUCAGCCUAGUGUUCAAGUUAUCCAGCAAAGACUUGAUGAGCUCAAGAGAAACGGGCUUUUAUCUCAGUCCUAUUCUUCUAGCUCUUCCUCCACCGAGUCGAAAAGCCUUCUUGAUGAAAAGACCAGCAAGGACACGGUGCUGGAAGGUGAUGGUGAUAAGGAGAAACCAGAGAUUGACCUGACCGAGUUUCUUCAGCAGAUGGGGAUCUUGAAGGAUAAGAGUCAACCAGAAGCAAGCCAAGUAGCAGAGUCUCAUCCCACCCCGCCGUGGAACGAGCAAGAAGAAGGUGGAAGUCCUUUCACAGCUCAGAGUUUAAGCUGGGAGACGAUGAUUGAGAUGCCGGGAAGUGAAACCUCAGCUAUGCAGUUCGAUUUUGAUUUUGAGGACGAUGAUCUAGGUUUCUCUUCUAUCUGGAACUUCUGUGGAAGCUUAGAUGAGUGAAAAGCUACUUACUAUCAUAUUCAGAAGUACACAUAUGGAGUUAGGUCUAGUGUUAGUGUGUUUUGGAAUAGUGUAGCUGCAUGGGUAGAAACUAGAAAGUGAUAUGCUGAGAGUGCAGUCUGUGCAGCAAUAAAAAUGAGUCAGUGUACUUCUGAAUAUGAAAUGAGUUGUUCUGUUUUUCUUUUUUUGGUAUAUUAAUUUAAGCCUGUUCUUCUUUUUUUCAUGCAAGAGUUGAAAAGGUAGUGAAAGUCACAGUCCUAAAAGAAUGUUAGAUGCUUUGUGCAAGUAACCAUGCAUAAGCUUUACCUACCCUGGUGAACAAACUAUAAUAUCAUGGUGGUAUGAUCAGAUUUUAUCUGU